AUGAGAUGGGAGAGGAGGAAGAGGACAAAAAAGACUUGUAAAGGAGCUGGUAGGGGAUCAACCACUCCUCCCCCCGUCCCCUUGCGAGAGGAGGGGACCCCAGGUGAUGACAACCUUACCGACUCUGGAGCCAACAGGGGAGCAGAUUGGGGACUGAGGCACAGGAGAAGAAGGGUUCCAGGAGUCGGGCCACGCUCAUCAGACUUGACCCCUGACCUCUGCCUGCUGCCCAUGUCAGAGGGGGGAUGUUGGGAGCAUGUCCUGCUGUGGUACUACCACCCCCACUCCGGGGAGUGCCGGCCGUUUGUCUACGGGGGUUGUGAGGGCAACCACAACCGCUUCAACACCAAACAAGAAUGUCAGAGGUGGUGUGGGAAAGAGAGGAGAGGUCUUGAGCCUAGAAGGUGAGAGGGAGCUGCCAAUCAAGACAUUUUUUUUUUUUGUAAAUGCCACAGUGUAAAAUGUUCGAAUUUUUGUGCAGAUCUGGAUUUUUUAAAUAUUUAAAAUAAACUAAUGAUUUUCCACACUUGAGAGAAAUGCCCAUAUAGAGCAGAGCUGCAUGGGUUGCAUUGAUUUGCAAAAUCAUUCGAAAGUCUUUAUCUGUGCCUGUUUGAGCUUGCCUGGCUUAAUUACCCAAUAGAAAAGUCCCAAAACUGCAAAACCCUGCCCAUCUGGGACUCCAGGCAGUCUUUUAAGGUAACGCUCAAAUUAUUUUUAAAGUAUUUGAACCCAGGUCUAAUACAGCUACUGUAUUUUCUAUGGACUAUGCCAAUUACAGAUGACUCACCAUGUGAAUGUUAUGAAUGUGUUCUUUCAUGUUUUAAUCAAAAGGUAGCCUGCACAUUCUAUAUUACUAUAGUAUAUCACAUUCUAUAGUACUGUAGAAUAGCACAUUCUAUAGUACUAUAGUAUAGCACAUGCUAUAGUACUAUAGUAUAGUAUAGCACAUUCUAUAGUACUGUAGAAUAGCACAUUCUAUAGUACUAUAGUAUAUCACAUUCUAUUGUACCAUAGUAUAGCACGUUCUAUAGUACUGU